GGCGGCAGUCUGUGAGUGGCCGUGACGGGGAGAGGUCGCGCUCGUUGCGGAGCGGCGCUGUGGCCUGUUGUGCCGACCGGACGCAGUGGAGACAGUGGUGACGUCGCGGCGUUGUCGGCAGACGCGCGGAUUUGCUCAUCAGCGUGCUACCGAGACAUGCUGAGUGUGGUCGGCGGCGGAUUCUGAACCUCAGUUGCAGAUUGCUGGCGAUGGCUGCGGUGCGGCGAGCAGCCGGACGAGGCCGGCUCCCAGCCCUGCCGCCCCGGCUGCCGCUGCUGCUGCUGCUGCUGCUGCCGGCGCUCCUGAUCUCCCACGCCGCCGCAGAAGCCGGCUAUAGUACCGUCUACGCCUGCGAGGGCUCCACGCUGAACCUUGAGUGUGGCCAGGACGAGCUUAUCAACCUGAUCCGGGCCAACUUCGGCCGGUUCUCCAUCACCAUCUGCAACCAGAAGGGCAACACGGACUGGAGCGUCAACUGCAUGUCGCCGCGCUCCCUGCGCGUGCUCGAACAGAGCUGUGGCGUGUCCAACUCGUGCUCGGUCGAAGUCACCGCCGAGAAGUUUGGCGACUCGUGUCCGGGCACCUUUAAGUACAUUGAAGUGCACUACAGCUGUGUGUCAGCUGCCUCUACCACGACCACCAAGCGGCCGCACCCGCCCUGGUACUCGUCCUACCCGGACCCGAACCUGUGGCUCACCUCGGGCACCAGUUCGUCGCGCCGGCCGCCGGCGGCCACGGCCCCGACCACGACCACCACGGCUCGGCCGCGGCUGCCGGGCCGACCGGCCGAGGGAGCCGCCGACGGAGUACAGGUGGUCAUACCCGGGGUGACCGGACGCCGCCAGAGGGUCGAACAGGACGCCGAUGGGAGACUGGUGACCGUGGUGCAGGAGGGUGGUGACGCCAAGAGCUCCAGCACCACCACCACAACCACCACGACAACGACAACCACCACGGCGACCACCAGCACCACGGCCAGCACCACCAGCACCACUGUCACCACGCGUGGUCCGGUGACGCCGAGCACCACCACCACGCAGACACCAGCUCCGUCGCGGCCGCCGCCGGCCGCCCUGCCGGACCCGUGGCUGGCCACCAGCCCGCACUACUGCGGCGCUCGCGCCGCCCGCGGCCUCCGCUGGAACUACACCCGGGCUGGAGACGUGGCCGUCCAGGCCUGUCCAGGCGGCGCCACUGGGUACGCUCGCUGGCAGUGCGUGCACGGCUCGCCGCCGACCGGCCGCGCCGGCUGGGCGCCGCGGCCCGACCUCAGCGAGUGCAAGUCGGUGCUGAUGGCGGCGCUGGAGGAGCGCCUGCUGGCCGGGGAGCUGACCCUGCGCGUGGCCGCCGAGCUGGCCCAGGUGACGGACCGCUCGGACGGCCUGCUCGGAGGCGACGUGCGCACCGCCGCGCGCCUGGUGAACCACCUGGCCUCGCGGCAGGCGCAGCAGCUGAUGGCCGUCCCGGACGUGGAGCGCAGGGAGGCGAUCGUCACUGAGCUGAUUGAGCACGUGGUGCGCGCCGCCAGUCACCUCCUGGACGACUCUCAGCAGGCCGCCUGGAGAGAUAUGGGCCGCGACGAGCGCCGCCGCGCGGCCACCUCUCUGCUGAUCGGGCUCGAACAGAACGCCUUUCUGCUCUCGGACAACGUGCUGCCCGACCGCACCAUUCUGGAGAUCGACAGGAACCUGCUGAUGACGGUGCACAACAAGAAGUCUGACACGGUGGAGGCGCUGGAGUUCCCCUCUGAAGUCGCCCGUCGCCAGUGGGACAUGGAAGGCAGCUCGCUGCGGCUCGGCCGGACCGCGCUGCGCGACAACAGCCGAGAGCGGACCGUCCAGGUGGUGUUCCUGGCCUACCGCGGCCUGGAAACGGUGCUGGAGCCGCUCUCCUGGCAGCAGCGCCGGCCCGACGGCGCCGUCAACGGCACCCGAGUGGUCAACAGCCUGGUGCUGUCCGCCUCGCUCGGAGAGGGCCGGCACAUCCAGCUGUCGGAGCCUGUGCAGCUCACCUUCCGCCACCUGGUCACCGAGAACGUCAGCAACCCGACCUGCUCCUUCUGGGACUACACGGUCAACAUGUGGUCCGAGGAGGGCUGCCGCGUGACGCUCACUAAUCGCACCCACACGCUCUGCGAGUGCGACCACCUGACCAGCUUCGCCGUGCUGGCGGACGUGAGCUCCGCGCCGGCCGACGACCCCGAGCAGCCGCUGCGGAUCGUGGUGUACGUGGGCUGCGCGGUGGCGCUGCUCUGCCUGUCGGCCACGCUGGUGGCGCUCGUCCUGGUGCGCGGUCUCCAGUCGGACCGCACCUCCAUCCACAAGAACCUGCUCUUCUGCCUGCUGGUGGUGGAGCUCAGCUUCCUGGCCGGCCUCCAUCAGACUGCCCGGCCGGUGGUGUGCGGAGUCCUCGCCGGGCUGAUGCAUUUCUUCCUAAUGGCUGCCUUCUUCUGGGUGUUCUUCGAGGCGUUCCAGCUGUACGUCACGCUGACCGUGUUCGAGGCGGAGCGCUCGCGGCUGCGCUGGUACUACGUGGCCGCGUACGGCGUCCCCCUGCUCGUGGUAGCCGUCUCGUGCGUGGUGGACCCGGUCAGCUAUGGAACGAACGUGCACUGCUGGCUGCGCACCGAUAACUACUUUGUCUUCAGCUUCGCCGGACCGGCCAUCAUCCUCAUACUGCUGACGGCCAUCUUCCUGGGCCUGGCCGUGUGGGUGAUGCUGCAGCACAGUAGCGCGGCCAUCACCAUCAAGACCAAGGAGCAGUCGCGGCUGUCGUACAUCCGCGGCUGGCUGCGCGCCGCCGUCCUCCUCCUGCUCCUGCUGGUGCUCAGCUGGACAUUCGGACUGGUGUUCCUCGACAGACGCAACGUGGUCAUGGCCUACCUGUUCACCGUCUUCAACGCCCUGCUCGGAAUAUUCAUCUUCGCCCUGCACUGCAUCCAGAACGAGAAGGUAAGGAGCGCCCUCGACAGUCGCGGCCUGCUGCCCGUCUGUCUGAAGAGCUCCAAGACGCUGGGCGGCGGCCGCGCCGAGACCCUCUCCACCAGCAACGGCACCAUCAACACGGUGCUCAACAUGUCGACCCAGAACAACAUCCCUCGGCUGUGGUCGCCGCACGCGCCGGCCCACCCCAAGUCGGCCACCCUGAACUCGCUGUCUGCCGGCGGCCCGGCCGGCGGCGGCGGCAGUCUGCGCCGCGGCACCAUGCGCAGCUCCAUGCCGGCCAAACUGCGGACCAACCUCACGGGAGAGAUGCUGGCGGUCGAGAAGGGAGGCUGCUACAACUUCCAGAGUCACGACUCUGGCCACGGCACCGGCUCGGAGCACGAGUCGCCGCACCUGACGCUCAACAACGUGCGCUACCUGGCGUCGGCGCCGAGCCUGGAGCGUCCGCCGGCGGCCGUGCUAGUGCCGGUGCCGGCCGACCAGCUGGGGCCGCGCGCCAACGCCGAGUUCUUCGCCGUCUACCAGCAGCAGCAGUCGCGGCGCGGCGGCCGGCGCUCCCACUCGCCCUACCACACCUACAUGGAGGUGGACGACCCCGUCUACGAGGAGAUCGAGCGUCACGAGCCGCGCCGGCACCUGCUGCUGGCAGACCUCUCUGACGAGGAGCGCAAACACCUCGACUCGGGGGGCCGGUCGGGCUCUCAGCGUGGCGCGCCCGGCGCCGACCACCGGCUGCUGAUGCAGCACUACGGCGCCGGGCCGCCGCUGAGCGAGGCGCGACUGCGGGACUUUGACCAGGCGCAGCUGUACCGGGACAUGCGCCGGCUGCACGGCUACGACGAGGCCGUGGCCAUGGCCGUGCUCAGUGGCGACCAGGUGGUGAGCGCGCUGCAGGCGGCGCCAGCGGCGGCCGGCGCCACCCUGCCCGUGGACAGAGCGCGACCCAGUCAUUCCAGGUUCGCAGAGUGCUAGGCGGCGCACGCCGGUGCGCCUCUAUACAUAUAUGUGAUUGCUAGCUGUGUAGUCUGGCUCGCCGUUUUUAUUGCUGAUUAUUAUGGAGAGAGAGAAGUGAGAGGUGUGAUGUAUCUGUUGCUCGUUCUUUCAUCCCGCAUUGUGUACAUUGUCAUCGUCAUGCAUUGGCAUUUAUUCGUGAGUCAUUUGUAUUGAUAGGAGAAUAAAUACGCGGCAUGUGCGAAAUA